CAUGAACAGGCUGUUCCCAUUUGGACAUAAAAGGAGCUGCUUCAGGACACUUGCUGCCUCACAGCUUCUUCUUUCACACUCAUUUUGCACGCAUCCUUCACAAGUGCAAGAAGCCCAUCUCUGAAAAUGGCCUACAUGGUGCUUUUCCUUCUUGCGCUGCUCCGAGUUGCAUCUUCCACACUCCCAGAUCAACGGCUGUGUGACCCAGAGCCACGUGGAGACACACCAACUUUCUGCUCUAAUUACAAAAACAUUAUAUACCUUGAUGCUAAACAGACAGAACUCCAAGACAACCAAAGAAUGCUGGAACAAAAGAUUGCUGCCAUGGAUGGUAAGACCAGACUAGACAUUGGUGAGCUGAAAACCUUAGUAACCAAUCUAACAAGUGCACUGGAGGACCUUGGAAGGAUGGCGAACCAAACAGAGAUGCGACUCAGAGACGCGAAGACGCAGCUGAAGAGCCACGAAGAUGACAUCGCCGACAUGAAGAGAGACAUUCAAGAUCUGCAUGCACACAGGGAAACAGUAGGGGGGAACCUGGAGGAGAUUGAAAAGAAACUCGGUACAACAGAGAGGCAGUUGAGGGAAAAGAAAGCCAAGCUUGAAAGUCUGGAGACAGAAACUGAGGCUGCGUUCAACGUCACAGAAAGACUCCUGAAUGUAUAUAAGAAUGAACUUUCCAACCUGAACACCAAAGCCCAGGAGCUUGAAGGCAAAUUUGAAUCCAAACUGGAAGCCACGAAGACAACAUUUGGAACUAAACUGGACAAAAUACAAGAAAACAGCGAAGCUUUCAGAGCAAAACUGAAUGAACAAAAAUCUCAGGCUGCGGAAUUUAGAGACAAAACUGAGAGCAGAUUCACUGUUGUUGAUGAACAGUUGAAAACACAAAAACUCACAGUGGACCAGCAGAGGACCCACAUUGACGCGCUCAAGAGAGACACUGCAGAAAUAAAACACAGACUGGGCACAACUCAGGAAAAACUUAAUGAGCAAAAUAAACUCAGAAAUGACGUGGACAGACUUACAGAAAACGUCAAUGCUAAGGUGGCAUUUUCUGCAACUGUAAUCGAGUCUCCUGCUGUGUUCACGGGACCUGCGGACACCUCCAAUCUUCUGGUCUUUGACAAAGUCUUCACAAACGUCGGUAAUGCUUACAAUCCUAAAACAGGAAUCUUCACUGCUCCACGGAAAGGGGUUUAUCACUUUUCAUUCAUGACCUUUGGCUACAACCUCUACACGUCAGGAGCCAUCCUGGUGAAGAACGGCCAUUACCAAGUCAGCACCUGGGAAUUCACAGGACCAGAUUCCACCGACACCACCAGCAACACAGUCAUUCUUGAACUGAAUGCUGGAGAAACCGUCAACAUCAUCCUGUGGAAGGGAGGAAAAGUACAUACAAGUGUCUUCAGCGGGUUCCUCGUCUUCCCAUCAUAGAUCUUGUGAAUG